AUGAGCUCUCCGAUCAUUAGUAUGGCCAUAGCGAGCACGCUUAAUGCAGGCCUACAUACUCUGAACUCCGAUGGAAAUGAAAGGACCAGUCUCCGCGAAGGAACACAAAGAGUGAAAGUUCUUCCUCCGCGACAAAGAAGACUCGCCAUUGUCACGAAGCCGCCGGUCCCUCGCCGCGCCGGUCCCGCUCUCCUGGCGCUCUUGGGAGUUAUCUUCACCCCACCCUCAGCUUUCAUCCCACCCUCAGCAGCUUCACCCCACCCUCAGCUUCACUUCUCAGCUUCAUCCCACCCUCAGCAGUUCACCCUCAGCUUCACCACCUCAGCUUCACCCCACCCUCAGCUUCAUCCCACCCUCAGCUUCAUCCCACCCUCAGCUUCAUCCCACCCUCAGCUUCACACCCCACCCUCAGCUCAGCUUCACCCACCCUCAGCUUCACCCCACCCUCAGCUUCCCCACCCUCAGCUUCACCCUCAGCUUCAUCCCACCCUCAGCUUCACCCACCCUCAGCUUCACCCCACCCUCAGCUUCACCCCACCCUCAGCUUUCAGCUUCACCCCACCUCAGCUUCACCCCACCCUCAGCUUCACCACUUCAUCCCACCCUCAGCUUCACAUCCCACCCUCAGCUUCAUCCCACCCUCAGCUUCUUCACCCCACCCUCAGCUUUCAGCACCCUCAGCUUCACCCCACCUCCUCACCCUCAGCUUCACCCACCCUCAGCUUUCACUUCACCCCACCUCAGCUUCAUCCCACCCUCAGCUUCACCCCACCCUCAGCUUCACACCCCACCCUCAGCUUCACCCCACCCUCAGCUUCAUCCACCCGCUUCACCCCACCCUCAGCUUCACCCCACCCUCAGCUUCACACCUCAGCUUCUUCAUCCCACCCUCAGCUUCAUUCAUCAUCCUCACCCACCCUCAGACAUACAGAAUUGAAGCCACAGAAACUAGAAUGCCUGCAUAUAACUACAUAA